CCUCCCGUCUCUCCGCCUACUCCAGCCUCCGCCGCUUCAGCUUCCCGAGCGAGCCCUGCGGCCGCCGGAGCAUCUCCCGCGGCGGAGCAGGAGCCGGAUGGUCAGAGGCGCCCGGCAGUCCCAGCAGCCGCGGAGUCGCCUGGCCCCCAGACUGUCUGGCACAGUGGAGAAACCACCUCGAAAACGGAAAAGCAGGACUGAAUUUACUCUUAAAGAAACCAUGUCCUCUGGAGGUGCUGAAGAUGAUAUCCCACAGGGAGAGAGGAAGACAGUUACAGAUUUCUGUUAUCUUUUGGAUAAAUCCAAGCAACUGUUUAAUGGCUUAAGAGAUUUGCCUCAGUAUGGACAGAAGCAGUGGCAGUCCUACUUCGGAAGAACUUUUGAUGUUUACACCAAACUCUGGAAAUUCCAGCAGCAGCAUCGACAAGUCUUGGAUAAUCGGUAUGGCUUGAAGCGGUGGCAAAUAGGGGAAAUCGCUUCCAAGAUCGGGCAGCUGUAUUACCACUAUUAUUUACGAACUUCUGAGACCAGUUAUUUGAAUGAGGCUUUCUCCUUCUACUCUGCAAUCAGACAGAGGUCAUACUACUCUCAAGUCAACAAAGAGGACAGGCCUGAGUUGGUUGUUAAGAAACUCCGAUACUAUGCAAGAUUUAUAGUAGUUUGUCUUCUUCUUAAUAAAAUGGACGUUGUGAAAGACCUGGUAAAGGAAUUGUCUGAUGAAAUUGAAGAUUAUACUCAUCGCUUUAAUACUGAAGAUCAAGUUGAGUGGAACCUGGUGCUCCAAGAGGUAGCAGCAUUCAUUGAGGCAGACCCUGUGAUGGUGUUAAAUGAUGAUAAUACCAUUGUUAUCACAUCCAAUCGCCUUGCUGAGACAGGAGCCCCCUUGCUGGAGCAAGGCAUGAUAGUGGGACAGUUGUCUCUGGCUGAUGCACUCAUCAUUGGUAAUUGUAACAAUCAGGUCAAAUUCAGUGAAUUAACUGUUGACAUGUUCCGGAUGUUGCAAGCCUUGGAGAGGGAGCCAAUGAAUUUAGCUUCCCAGAUGAAUAAGCCGGGAAUACAGGAGCCAGCUGACAAGCCUACCAGACGAGAAAACCCACACAAGUAUCUACUCUACAAACCGACCUUCAGCCAACUGUAUACAUUCUUAGCAGCGUCUUUUAAGGAGCUGCCUGCCAAUAGUGUGCUUCUGAUUUACCUGUCAGCCACUGGCGUUUUCCCCACAGGUCGUUCUGAUGGUGAAGGUCCUUAUGACUUUGGAGGUGUACUUACUAAUAGUAACCGGGACAUUAUCAAUGGAGAUGCAAUCCACAAACGAAAUCAGUCUCACAAAGAAAUGCACUGCCUUCAUCCUGGAGAUCUGUAUCCAUUCACAAGGAAACCCCUGUUCAUCAUUGUGGACUCCUCCAAUAGUGUUGCCUACAAGAAUUUUACAAAUUUGUUUGGACAGCCACUCGUCUGCCUUCUUUCUCCCACGGCAUAUCCAAAAGCUUUGCAAGAUCAGUCUCAGCGAGGUAGCCUCUUCACGCUCUUUUUGAACAAUCCUCUAAUGGCCUUCCUAUUUGUGUCUGGAUUGUCAAGCAUGCGUAGAGGCCUGUGGGAAAAGUGUCAAGAAUAUCUUCGAAAAAUCAACCGUGAUAUUGCCCAGCUACUGACCCAUUCACGUUCAAUAGAUCAGGCCUUCCUCCAGUUUUUUGGAGAUGAAUUUCUUCGAUUGCUUCUCACAAGGUUUGUCUUCUGUUCAGCCACCAUGAGGAUGCAUAAGGCCUUUCGGGAAACUCGAAAUUACCCAGAAUCCUAUCCACAACUGCCAAGGGAUGAAACUGUGGAGAAUCCUCACCUUCAGAAGCACAUUUUGGAAUUGGCCUCCAUUCUGGAUGUUCGAAACAUCUUCUUUGAGAAUUCUAUGGAUGACUAUUAAACCCUCCUGUUUAACAGUUUUUCAUUUUCCACAGAUUUUAAAUGGUGCAGUUUUUUAAUGUAAUGACAGAGACAUAGUGUGUUACUUGGUUUUUAUUUUUGGAUUUAGGAACCACCAUUUUAAAAGCAAACUGAAAAAAAAGUUCAAACUUUUAGGGUAACUUUUAAAAUAUAAUCUUUCAAGUCUUUUAAAGUCUCAAUCUUGAAAUUUUUAAUUUUUGGUUUUGACAUCAGAUACUUACCUCCAACAUCUACCCCCACACUCAAAUAGUUACUAUUGCCACCUUUAGAAGAACAUUGUGUUUAUUUUUACAUAAUAAGGGCAAUCUGUAAGUUACACAUGGACCUUUAAAUGUCUGGAUUCGGGAAAUACCUAAUUGUUCAUAGUGGUGAACAAUGGCCACAUGGACUGCUGAGAACCGAGAGCAGAGCCCUUCUGCGGAGUUUCUUUCACUACACACUAAUAGGAAAAUAAGUUACUCUCUGAUGUGCAACUGAUGUCUUUAGAUUUCUUAAUUUCAUUAAAUGUCAAAUUUUUAGAACCUGUUUAGAAUUGGUUUGCAUCUGGAAAUUAAAUCUUAAAUUGGAACUUUAAGAUGACAGAUAUUACUUAGAAUGUGAGUACUAUUAUAUUUGUUUGCAUAUUUUACUUUCUUUAUGGUCUUUGAAUGCUAAAAUGCAAAGGAAAAUACUUUUAAAAUAUUUUAGACAAAUAUCAACUAAUUAGGUUUUCUUUUGCCGUUUGUUUGUCAAGUCAUUGGUUUCAUAAUCCUGUGAUGUCUCCAGUAGGAUUUCUACGCAGACUCUUCGUUGAUUGGUUUUAAACAAUGUUUUCAUCAGUUCCUUGGUAUACUCAUUGCACAAUUUCUAAUCUUUUCUUCAUAUUCAAAUUUCCAAGGCAUCGAUGUUAGAGAGACUGUCAGUUUGAGUUGAGGAUAACUGGGUGUUAAGAAAGUAAAUUGUGAGUUAAUUUUGCUUUGACAAUUUGGAAGUAAGAUAUUAAAACUCCCUGUGUUUUGUUAUUUUCUAUUCAUGCACAAGAUGUUUCAUUAUUUUAAAUAGGACUCAGUAUGUAUAUAAAGAUUUUUGUAUGUUCUUCCCCUCCAUCUCCUUAAUAAUCUCAAAGGUACUAGCUGUGAAGGUUUUUCCUUCCCAGCCUCUUGGGGUUGCAUGGCAUUUAAAUUUAGAAAUCUGUGAAUUGUAAGCCUUCUGCCUAUGUUCAUGGUCUACCCCUGACAGUUCCUGGAGAAAUGGGGUGGUUGUUUUCAGAUCUCUUUCCUGUGUCCCUAAGGAAAUUUUUGAUGUGGUAUUUUAACCUGUUACUCUCGCUAGCGCAUCUCAUGGGUGUAAGUUGUAGCCGUAUGUGCUCCAGUGCACUGACUUUGUGAAGUCCAGAUUAUGGUUGGGUCAGGGACUUAGGACGUUUCAUUUGCUUUUAAAAUUGUGUGUUCUUUCAGACAGUAUUUUUAAAAGCUUAGAAAAAGGUUAAUCUGGAAAGAGCCCUUCCAGACAGAGUUUUCUUUUUUAAAAGGCCUGCUUCCAUUUGUCUGCAAAUCAUGAUUUUCCUUUUUUUAACUAUCCUCUUGAAAUGUAGCAGUAAAUGGUCAUUAGCUGUCUGGCCUCUGGCCCUAUUCCCUUAAGUACUGACCAACAACGCACACUUCCCUGUUCCCUGACCUGCGUUUUAUUCUUUUUUGCUAAGCAUAAGGACCACUGGUUUCAGAAGCAAGAAGUCUUGAGUUCUAAUCCUGGCUUUUCUAGUAACUAGUAUGAUGUCCUUUAGCAAAUAGUUUCACAGUCCUGCUUUUUUAGCACUCUUCCAUAUAAAAUAGAGCAACUCACCUAAGAUCCUAUUUCUGUCUGUAAUUCUACAGUUGGGAGCCUUGGUUCCAAAAAUGUUGAUUUCCUCCCCAUUGCUUCCAGAAAGGUUGAAUUAUGUGGUUCUAACACUAUAACAUCCUUUCUACAUCAUGUGCUAAGAUGGUUCAAACAAACCAAAAACUUCUGGGUCCUACUGAGCUGUUUUGAAGCUUGCUUAACGUGACUGUCCUGGAGAAAUUAGACCUUCCAUGGUCAGAAAAAGGUGUAUGUUAGAGAUCAUAGUAUAAAACUAGAUUACAACAUGGGUUCUUAAACUAAUAGUAAUGCAGUUCCUAACUAGUGGACCAAAACCGAGGCUGUAGCUUCACAGUAGAGCAUUUAGUUAGUAUUCAGAAAUCCUGUUUGGUCUCCAUUACUAGGGGGGAAAAAUUUUAAAGAAAGAAAUCAAUUUUGAGCUGGGUAUGGUGAUACAUGCCUUUAAUCUCAGUGCAUAGGAGGCUAAGGCAAGAAGUUUGCAAGGUCAGAACUAACCUAGAUUAUAUAGCAAAAGUGCAUCUCAAAAAUAAUUGUUAAGAGAUCUGGAAUCUUUUGAGAGCAAAGCUGUUGUAGGAAAUUUGAAACAUUUUUUUAAAAAAUCUUUGCCUUUAAAAAUAAAAACAAAUGUGUCACACAUAUCA